AAUUUUGUCUGAAAUUAAAUGUCGCGUAAUUAUUCUAUCAAGACAGAGAAAAAAAACUACCAAUUUGAAAGCAACAACAUUGACAGUAAAUCUGAACAGCCAUACUUGAUAUCAACAGUAUAAACGACGGUAAACCAUGUCUGCUUUAGAACCAGAAACACCCAAUUCUGCGACUCCUGUGGGAGCAGCCGAAGAGCCUGUUCCAACUAAAGAGGAAGUCAAAAUAGAAGCUGAGGAAGAAGUCACUGUUGACGUUGAAAAAUUAAGAUCUGAAUUCAGAGAUAAAGCUAAGAAUUAUUUGGUCGAACAAACUAAUCAUAUCGUUAGUCCAUCGUUUUCCAAGUGGUUUGAUUUCAGCAAGAUCCAUUCUAUUGAGAAAAAGCUGUUUCCAGACUUCUUCAAUGAUAAUGAAAACAAAUCUCCCUAUAAAUCCCAAGAUGUAUACAAGAAUAUGAGAGAUUUCAUUGUCAAUACUUUCAGACUUAAUCCUAAGGAGUAUUUGACUAUCACUGCCAUCCGUAAAAACUUGGCUGGUGAUGUUACAUCAAUUAUAAGAAUACAUCAAUUCUUAGAAAGAUGGGGUUUAAUCAAUUAUCAAAUCGAUCCUAGAACAAAACCUUCAUCGAUUGGUCCUCAAUAUACUGGUCACUUCCAAGUUACUUUAGACACCCCAACUGGAUUGGUACCAUUAAUUCCGGAAAAAGCCAAAAUCAUAAAUAUCGAAACAAAUGGUGCUAGUUUACCAUCUCCAGCAUCAUCUGAAACUGAAGCAAUCAAAUCCGAAGAUCUUUCUUUGAAUUUAGAAGUUAGAAGAAAUGUUUAUACUUCCACAAGUAAGAAACCAAGUCAAAAACCAGAAACCUCUGUUCAUUAUUCAUGUAAUAUAUGUGGUAAAGAUACAACAGAAGUAAGAUACCAUAAUCUUAAAAUAAAGUCAUAUACACACAAUCCAAGUUCAACCAUCAACAAUGCCAGUAUUUUAUGUACCGUUUGUUAUGAACAAGGUUUGUUCCCUCUGAACUUUUUAUCAUCCGAUUACAUCAAGUUAACUCAAUCACAAGAAUCAGAAGAAUGGACCGAACAAGAAAUUUUAUUAUUAUUGGAAGGAAUUGAAUUGUUUGGAACCUAUGAAACUGCCGCUGUCAAUGGUAGCAUUAAUGCUAAUAGUAAUUCUCAAUGGGAUAAAAUUGCUGAACAUGUUGCUACCAAAACAAAGGAGCAAUGUUUAAUAAAGUUCAUACAAUUACCAAUUGAAGAUAAAUUCUUAACCAAAUUAAUUGGAGAAGAUCCUAAAGCUGAUUCCGAUGAUGCCUCCAACGGAGCUUUGGUAGAAGCUAUUGUUGCUAAGUUAAUCAAAGAAAAAAAUGGAGAAGAAUUGUUGAAGCAAAGCUCUUCUAAAAGCUUACAAGAUAGUAUACUCGAACAAUCUAAUUUAAUUAAUCAGAUAGUAGAAUUAACUUUAGAAAAAGUUAACCAUAAAUUAAAGAAAGUCGAUACUUUACUGGAAAAUCUUACAAGAGUUGAAAAUCAAAUAAAUUUAGAGAGAAAACAAGUUGUUAUAGAAAGAUGGGUUCAAUUCGAAAAAGUGCAACGUCUUAAAACUGAAAGACCAGACCUUGCCGAAAUCCUUGAUGAUUUAAUCAAACCAGUGAAGAUAAGUGAGGUAAAUAAAUCUCUUAGUACCAGUAAUCAAACAUCCGGAGGUGAUAACAUGGAAAUUGAUGAUGAAAGAGUCAAUCAAUCAGAGACUGAUAAAUUACCAAUCAGUGUCAGUAAGCCAAAGAGUUACCAAUAUUGGUCCGGUUAAAAUAAAUGUACAAUAAUUAGUUAGUUAAUUAAUCAACCAAAUUUGUAAUAUAAAACCAUGAAAUAAAUAUAAAUUAA